CUGCCUUGGUAGCCUUACACCCCACCCCCCUCCCCGCCCGGUGUGAGAGAGCCGAGCAGCGUUACAGCCAAACCCAGAAAUUCCCUCUUUCUUCGGCAGCUGUGACUGGGAGUUUGGAAAGAUGAAAGGAAGAAAGAAGGGAUGCUCCUUACCUUUAACCUUUAUCUUGCUGUUUGUCUGUAUCACUGGGCAUGCAACUGCUGACAUAGAUGACAACGAAGAAGAGGAUGUUCUGGGUGCUGCUUUGCCACCACUGACACUAGGGCAUUCAGUCUGUGCCAUGAAAGCAGAUGAAGGUCCAUGCAAAGCAAUCCAUAUCCGCUAUUACUUCAAUAUUCAAAGCCGUGAAUGUGAAAUAUUUGAAUAUGGUGGAUGCCAUGGCAAUGAAAACAACUUUCCAACACUGGAAGAAUGUCAGAAGAAGUGUGUGGUAACAGAAUUGCCUCCAAAGAUGAUGAUAGCAAAAAUUAUGAAAGAAAAGCCCAGCUUCUGCUUUCAUGAGAAAGACCCUGGAAUCUGCCGAGGCUAUUUUUCCAGGUAUUUCUAUAACAAAGAGACAAAGAUAUGUGAAGUAUUUAAAUACGGUGGGUGCCUAGGAAACCAGAACAACUUCAAGAAUUUGGAAGAUUGCCAGACUACCUGCCAAGGCAACUUAAAUUUAUUGCCAACUGUUCCAGCUGAAGAGCAUCGUAACACAAGGAACAGUAGUUCCCCAGAGGAAGAGGCCAAGCAGUUGCCUGGGAUUUUUGUCAAUUUGUUGCCAACUGCUCCAAAUGAGAAGUCCCACACUGUGAACAGUAGUUCCCCAAAGGAGGAGGGCAACCAGUUUUCCAUCUUUUUUGUGCCUAGGUACUUUGGAUACCCUGGGUUCGUCUUCCGGUGUUUCAGUUCUCAUACUCUCACUUGCGUCAACACUGAAGAAAAAAACCAUCAGCCUGCUCCUUGGAAUGAACCACCCCCUAUCCCUUCGCUGUGCAUGACCCCUAUGGACAGAGGACUUUGUAGAGCCAGGGAGUUACGAUUUUUCUACAACUACUCAACUGGAAGAUGUCACCCAUUUAGCUACACUGGUUGUGGUGGGAAUGAGAAUAAUUUCACCUCCAGAAAGUCAUGUUUGAGGAUCUGCAAGAAAGGAUUUAAUAAAACAAAAGGCAAAAGAAGAUUAAUAAAAAUCAAGAAGAAAAGAAAGAAACAGUCAGUAAAGGCUCUGGGUGAGGAAAUCGUCCCCGAAAGAAUACAACUUUGAUUUUUACGGAAAUAUGCAGUAAACUACUAUUCACCCGUGAAUGAAAGCCUUUGGUGUACACCAUAUAAACAUAUCCACUGUACUGACUGUUUUUGUUUUGAUUAGAUAUGAUUAUGCUGCUUAUAUUUUAAUUAUGUAUGUUUAUUCAUGUUAAUAAACAUUACCUUUUACUCUCAUAA